AUGCGGAAAGGAUCCGCAGCACAGUUGUCCCGUGUGCGGGGCAAAAAUCCGGCACAAGUGGAUGCUGAAGAAGCAUCUGGUCACCGUUCACAACUGGAUCAUCACGAACGGGAAGACCAAUUGAAAAAUCCUGUCAGGGACAGAGAUGGGCAAAUUCGCUAUCCGAGAUCCCCGUAUCACGCACGUUAUCGCGGGAGGUAUUUCUGCGACGUCUGCGGGAAAGCGUACACGUGGAAGCCAUCGUUGAUGCGGCACAAACGCGAGGAGUGCGGCAAAGAGCCGCGUUACGCGUGUCCGGUGUGCCAUCACAAGAUCCGUCGAAGCGGUCAAUUGAAGCUCCAUCUGUUUCACGUGCACAAUUGGCCGUCAACGUACGACGUGAACGAGUAUCGAACGAUGAAGUUCGUCUGCGACAAUUGCGGGAAAGCGUACAAAUGGAGGGAGUCGUUGCAGCAGCAUCGCCGGCUGGAGUGCGGGAUCGAACCGCAAUUCGGCUGCAUCUUUUGCGGGCGGCGGUUCAAGCACAAACACCACUUGAAGGAGCACCUGAAGAGACGGCACAAGUGCGAUCAGUCGAAGCUCCCCUGGAUCAAUAGUUUACCGUUCUUCGCGUAUCGGCCUAGCUACCUGUGCAACACCUGCGGCAAGACGUACAAAUGGAAGGAAUCGUUGAAUCUUCACAAGAGAAUGGAAUGCGGUAUCUCGCCACGUUUCGCGUGCAAGAUCUGCGGACGACGGUUCAAGCACAAGCAUCAUCUGACGAAACACCACAAGUCCAUUCACAAUUACGUGGACCAAUGGCAGUCGAUCGACGAGCCAACGAAGGAACUCGAGAGGCAGUCGUACGCGGACCCGACCGCGUUAUGA